CCACGCCCCCUCCGCCACCAUGCCGGCUCCGGCCGUGCGGGCGGUCUCGUUGGGUUUGCGGCCUUACGAAGAAGCGUUGCGGGUUCAGCAGCGAUGCGUGGCGGCUGCGCGGGCGGCUCGAGGCCCUCCUCCACGUCCUCCAUUCGAAUGCGUGGUGCUGAGCGAACCCGCAAAGCCCGUAUACGCGUGGGGGCUGCGAGGUGCCCCGACUGAGAGAGAGGCGGAGCGGCUGCGGGCGGCCGGCGCGGGGUUGGCGGCGGUGCGGAGGGGCGGCAGCGUGACGUUCCACGGGCCGGGGCAGCUGUUGGCUUUCCCCGUGUUGGAUCUGAAGGCGCGGGGAAUUCAGCUGCGGGGCUUCGUGGAGAGGUUGCAGGACGUGGCGGUGCGGCUGUGCCGGAGGGUCGGGGCGAUGAGUGCCGCCGGGCGACCGCCGCCUUACACCGGAGUGUGGGUGGGGGAAGGCAAAGUGUGCGCCGUCGGGGUGCACUGUGGGAACCACAUCACCUCCCACGGGCUGGCACUGAAUUGCUGCACUGACCUCUCCUGGUUCGAGCACAUCGUGCCCUGUGGGCUGGAGGGGACGACGGCCACUUCACUGAGCCACGAAUUGGGCCGCCACGUCACCGUUGAGGACAUCCUCGAGCCUUUCCUUGAAUCCUUCCAGGAGGUCUUUGACUGCACUGUGGUGUUUUCUGAGGAGCCCAGGGACUAAGAAGGUGCAGGGUGAUGGAAAGAGUCACAUCCCACAGGUGCCGGAGCACACAGAUGGUGUGGGAUGGUUGGAGGCUGUCCCCAAUGCCACGUCCUCACCGUGGCCACGUCUCGCUGCUGAGAUGCUGUGGGGAAAAAAAGGCCCUUGUUAGGACCAGGGGUGGACCUGCAGAACUCAGGUCAUGUCCUCAGCAAGCACUUUGGUGGUUUGAAUUCCUCUCUCCUCAAAAAGUCUGACCUUGGAGUGAAUGCUUUGAGCAAAAAGGGAGAGGUGUUGCUUGGUGAAGUGCUCUUAUCUCCUUGCUGCUGUGCAAAAGUCAGUGUUGGUUUUAUAUAAAGAGAGUUGGUGGGAACGUUGGCUGCUGGUGCUUUGCUGUGUGCUCUGUGAACGCUGUCACUGUCCCCUAGGUUCCUCUGGAACUGUGAGUUAAGAGGGACUAAAGGCCACCAAGGAGAGGCUGAAGGCCACCAACGAGGGACUAAAGGUCAUCAGAGAGGGAUUAAAGGCCACCAAGGGGGACUAAAGGCCACCAGAGAGGCUAAAGGCCACUGAAGGGGAAAUAAAGGUGAAAAAGGGGGACUGAAGACCACCAAAGAGGGACUAGAAGCCAUCAGAGUGGAACAGAAGGCCACCAAAGAGGCACUAAAGACCACCAAAAGGGGACUAGAGGCUACCAAAGAGGCUAAAGGCCACCAAAGAGUGACUAAAAGCCACCAAAGGGGGGAUGAUUAAAAGCCACCAAAGAGGGACUAAAAUUUACCAAAGGGGGGGGUCUGAAGUCACCAUAGAGGCUAAAGGCUACCAAAAGUUACAAUAGACCAUCAGAGGGGGACUGAAGGCCACCAAAGAGAGUCUGAAGGACACCAAAGGGGGACUAAAAGCCACCAAAAGGCAACUGAAGUCACCAGAGAGAGGCUAAAGACCACCAAAGGGGGAUAAAAGGCCACCAAAAGAGGACUGAAGUCAACAGACAGAGGCCAAAGGGGAGCUAAAGGCCACCAAAAGAACCAAAGGCCACUGGUUGGGGGGGACUGAAAGCCACCGACAAGGGACUGAAAGCCACCAACAAGAGACUAAAAGCCACCAAAGAGGGGCUAAAGCCACCAAGAUAGUGCUGAUAUGGUGGGAAGGAGGGAGGAAAGGGAUUGGGGUACCAGCAGGGUGUUGGCAUCGUCACCUCUUCCAAGGUCACAGCAUCUAUCCCAGGGCCCCGAUGGUUUGUGACACAAUGAUAUUGCUGGGGCUGCAUUGGGGCAGGGAGGGUCCCAAUGGGAAGCAAUAUCCCAUUUCAUCCCCAGCAGGCUCAGUGCCUGCUGCAGGGCUUGGGGACAGCAUGGACAUCCGG